CGACCGACGAUGGCGAUAAAAAAUCACGGGUUCAGGCCAUCACAGAUUCCAUGAGCGGCGGCCAGCUCGAAGCCUUCUGGGCAGGGACGUCCUACCCGCUGGCCUAUGGUGCCGCUCCGGAACAGGGGUACCGUCUGCGCCUUUGGGAGCACCGCGGAGGCCGGUCAUUGGUGGCGCCUGUGCCGACGCUGGGCAGCGGCGGUGGAUAUUCUGGUACGAACUUUUCGCUUCCUGGUUGGCAACGCCCAUAUUCGACCCAAACCAAGCCUCGUGUGGCUGACAUUGCUCUACCCAAGCCUCAACCUGCCCAUUACCGGAAUAGGCCUGGCAGGUGUGGGGUCUUCCUCAACUUGAUCCGGCAGCCCGGCUAGCUCCGGUCCAAGCUGCAGCUUUUGGCCAAUCACCAUCUCGCCAAUGCCAACGUUUAAUCAACACGGCGUCUAGAGUGCCCAAGAAUUUCAAUCAUGUUUCUUUGCGAAUGGUCUAUUGCCAGCAUCAUCACCGUUGCAAUCGCGAGGAUGGACGGGAAUUCUUGCCAUGUGACAAACUGCAUGACCAGCACAAGGACUCCGUUAUCGGUUAAAAACAGCGGCCAGGCUCAAACAAUAGCGUGACGCAGGGGGCCUAGUGCGGCUCUAGGCUGCCUGGUGGAGGGUGACACGACGGAUGAGGUGAUACAUGUUGGCAGUGAAAGGUGGUGGUUGGUUGGCGGAUGCAGGAAUAAGAUAUCAGCCGAGAUAGGAAGCAGUAUCGUCCGCCGGCCAGCAAGCUGGGCGGGCGGGAAAGCGGCAAGUUAGCGCGGCCUUUAGUUGGCCUGAUGGUUGUCCAUGGCCGAGGGCUGCAGCAAGGCGCGGGGGCUGGACGGUCAGAUUCGGCCUACGGAG